AAUUGCGUAUGGCCCACGUCCAGGAGCAGGACAGGGAGUGGGAAGGCAAGAUGUUUUGAUCAAAUAACAUCACACCCGACCACACCAGAUCGAUGGGAACGGUUAGAUUCCGGUGCAAUCAUUUCUGGUUCGGAAGUACUCGGUGAAGGUUCGAAAAACGUAGUCGUGUAGCGUAGUGCGUUGGUGGCGAUCGCGAGUAAAUAACGGAUAUAUCUACUCAGGUGAAAGGAUUCGAUCAAUCGAAUAGGAUUUGAUGGCUCAUCAAGGACAUCCGGAUGCCCACGGGGGCGGUGUAGGAGGAGAUGAUCGUGAUGCAGAAAAUUAUCUCCGAAGGAUAAAAGCGGAAAUACGAAAGACCAACAAGCCAAUAAUGGAGAAGAAACGCAGAGCCCGUAUCAACAACUAUUUGAACGAUCUCAAAGCUCUUCUUCUGGAUGCAAUGAAGAAGGAUCCGAUUCGCCACUCGAAGCUGGAGAAAGCUGACAUACUUGAUUUGACAGUGAAACACCUACAGGACAUGGAAAGACGCAAACUGGCAGUGGCAAUGGCCGUCGAUCCCACGGUGGUCGACAAGUUCAAAAGCGGGUUCAACGAAUGCGUAGACGAGAUCGAAAAAUAUCUCGGUUCGGUUUCCAACGUUGACGCAGGGCUAAAACAACGAAUAACCGGUCAUCUCAAAUCUUACCUCCGGUAUCAACGGUUUCCUGGACAACCUGCCGGCCUGGCUGGUCCUUUCGGGAACAUUUUCGGACGGGCAGCUGACGAAAUCAACAACAAUGGACGAUUGGCAAUGGACGGCGUAUCGCUCAUCCCAUCGCUGCUUCCCAGUGGAGAACUCGCCUUCAUCAUGCCACAGAACAGUGUCAACGGAAUGCCAUUCUUCCCAAGACUAUCGACAGCACCCACCGUGUUGUCCUCGCUCAGAAGCCAAAACCAAUUCAAACCCAUCAGUAGUCAGGAGAAACAAUCCUAUGACCCAAGUCCUCCUCCGAGUCCAGUAUCGGAAGACCAGGACAGCACGAAAGAUGAUCAGAAGACACCGCUGUUGAAGAAGAGACCCAACAUUCUUAUGGAGAAGUUCCUGACUGCAUUCCCCACACCUCCGACACCGGAAGACAGUCAACGGGUGUCCGCAUUCCGUCCGAGUCAUAAGCUGAUCGAUCGCAUUCAGCUGCAUCAGCGGGACUUGGCCAAAAGUGCGGAAUACGAAGCGACUCGUGCUGCCAAGCGUAGGAAGCUGAAUCAAGAAAGCGAAGACUCGAGUGAUAGCGAUAGUAGCAACGAGGAAGAGCAGGACCCCAAAAACAAUACCGGAGGGGAUAUGUGGCGUCCCUGGUGAUGGCUGCUGAAUACGGGAUUAAUUUAAGAAUAUUGUGAUAACAGAUAAUAAUUUGUGGAAGAGUUGAGAGGAAAACAAAAAAGUU